AUGGACACUUCCUCAGAAACCCCAGGGCCUGACUUCGACCACUUCCUAGCAAUACCAUGGUGCGCAGACUAUCUCCGGAAGCCCGAUGUCAAAGCAUGGACGCCUUCACGAAGCCGCGUUCCCAACACAGAAGGGGAGCACGUAGUCUGGUCAAAGACGCUGAACGACCCGGAGGCUUUCUCGGGCUUUCUCGCCUUCUGUACGGAGCCUGGGAGGCCAAAUGAUCUGCUGGACCACGUCAACGUCUUUCUGAGCGUGGGAAACGGCCUCCAGGGCCACCCGGGCUUCCUGCACGGUGGAAUUGUUGCGGCGAUCCUCGACGAAGUCUCGGGUCUGUUGCCUACCAUAAAUCGGAGCCGCAAGGCUUUGCCCAACGUGUCUUAUAUGACUGGUCAUCUCAAUGUGGUAUUCAAGCGGCCUGUGAGGACGCCGGAGACGCUCCUGGCUACUGCGACGGUCUCGAAGGUCCAAGGAAGGAGGCUGCAUGUGAAGGGGACUGUACAAGAUCAGAAAGGUUUAGUGCUGGCAGAGGCCGAUGUGCUCUUCAUUGCCCUGAAGCAUCUUCUAUAA